AGCCAAGAGAGAGAAAGAGAGCGAGAGUGGGAGGAAGAGAGAGAGAGGGGACCUGACAUAUGGGCCUCAGAUCACAGAGACUGCUAUCAGGAGAGUGAAAAAGAGCAAGAAAGAAAGAGAGAGAGCGAGAGGUCUACGUACUAGAGGGGAGAGAGAGAGCGAGAGAGAGAGAGACAACGUGAACUGUACCCAGUCAGAGACAUGAAUCCCCUCAGCUGGAUCGUUGUACUUCUCUUCCUGUUCUACGCUUCCUCUGGGAGCGCCGACGUCAACAGGCACCGCAGACAAGUCCCCACCGGUGGCCAACCAGGUGUGUGUGGCUAUGGCAGGAGACUGGUGUGUUGCUAUGGCUGGAGAAAGAACAGCAAGGGACAGUGUGAAGCUCAGUGUGAACAUGGUUGCAAGCACGGAGAGUGUGCUGGUCCCAACGAAUGCAAGUGUUACCCAGGAUACACCGGAAAGAUGUGCAACCAAGAUCUGAAUGAGUGUGGCCUGAAGCCUCGCCCCUGUGAGCAUCGCUGUAUGAACACCCACGGCAGCUACAUCUGUUACUGCCUCAACGGAUACACUCUGAUGCCUGAUGGCUCCUGUACCAACUCCCGGACAUGCUCCCUGGCUCACUGUCAAUAUGGCUGUGAGGAUGUACAGGGGGAGAUCCGUUGUCUCUGCCCGUCUGCGCGGCUGCAGCUAGGGCCAGACCAGAGAACCUGUGUGGAUAUUGAUGAAUGUGUAACAGGAAAGAACCUGUGCCCAUACAACAGGCAGUGUGUCAACACGUUUGGCAGCUACUACUGCAAGUGUCAGAAUGGCUAUGACCUGAAGUAUAUCAAUGGCAAAUAUGACUGUGUAGACAAUGACGAGUGUGCCGCCAACACACACAAGUGCAGCCACCGCGCAGUCUGUCUGAACACUCAGGGAUCCUACAAGUGCAAGUGUAAGCAAGGCUUCCGUGGCAGUGGUUUUGAAUGCUCUGCUAUCCCAGAGUCCCCAGUGAGGCUGCCAGGGAAGCUGGACAAAGAGCAGAUCAAGAACGUCAUCCCCGAGCCCAAGGUGACCGUCCCCCCUCAGAUCCGCUUGCAGCCCUUCGACUAUGACGGGGAGACCUACAUGGGUGGCUCAGAGGAGGUGGGCCAGGUGGGCUUUACUGAUGUAGGGAAGGAGGAAGAAGAGGAAGAUGAGGAGGAGACAGAUGUGGACAACAAGCUUAAUUCAAGGGGAGAUGUUUUCAUUCCAGAGGACUUUGAGUCCGUAUUUGGUCCUGCAACGGAUGUCAAAGAGAUCGAAAUAGCUCUAGGACAGGAAGAGUUCUUCAUGGACUGCAACUUCGAUCAGGGCGUGUGUGAGUGGGUGCAAGACAAGGACGAUAGCUUUGACUGGAGCGUGUCCUACCAUGAAAAUGGUAUGGAGUACUACAUGGCUAUGAGUGGUCUUCUGGGAGAGAAGAAGGACCAGGCCAGGCUAAAGCUGCUCCUCAGUGACCGGGCCCAGCAGGGAGGCUUCUGCCUCACCUUCAACUACCGCGUGAUGGGCAGCCAGGUGGGCACGCUGCGGGUGCUGUUGAACAACAGCACCGAACUUGUGUGGGAGCAGAGCAGCAGCCGGAGUCAGGAUUGGCAGACAGAACUGCUCACUGUAGCCUGGAAGAACCAGGCCCCAGAAUCUAUCAUCUUUGAAGCUGAACGUGGGAAUGGAGUUGGGGGAGAGAUUGGGCUGGACAACGUGGUGCUGACCUCAGGCUACUGUCAAGGGGAAGACACAGCCAUCUUUUAAACUGUGAACUCUGAACCUGUAGAAAUCAGUCCAGUGUGGUUGACACAGACCUCAGAGGCAGAGCUAGCAUCAGUAUCUCCCUUUAGUCUACUCUUUUUGGAGAGCAGACACAUCUUCCUAAAACCCAAACUAAGGGUGUAUUUUUUUUUGCUGUACUGUACAACAAGUAUUAAGAAAAAUGUGUAUUUGCAGAAUGUUUGGGAGUUCAGCCGUCCACAUAGGAAAGCGUUGCUGAGGGAUUGAGCAUCAUUGGUAUGUGCAGGGAUUUCAUCUGCAAGUUUACAAGCUUUUCCUUUCAUUUGAGCCACCAAGCCAAAGAGAGUAGUGUCCACAAAUAAAUGAUCCACUACAUACAGUUCCGUUUUUCAAUAAUGUUCACAAAUGUUUUUAAAUAUAUUCAAUUAUUUUCACAUAAAUGGCAGGAUACGGCAGGCUUAUCUACAACAACAAAAAAACAUUAUAUUGUGUUGCUUUUUAUUUUUCUAAGUGACAUUUUGCAGUUAGCUGCAAUAUAUAAAAAUAAGACUUGUGACAUGUAGUUAAAUGAACCCUAAAUGUUAAUAUCAGGUUCAUCAAGAAGUCUUCCCUUGAACCCUACAUGCUUUAUAAUCAUAGUACGUGUAUGUAACAAUGCAUAACUGCUGUAAAUUGAGCUUUUAUAUUGUAUUACAUUUUUAAAAAAAA